CCUCAGUUCUCUCUGAGAAACGGUGGCGAGCGGAGCAUCGCUACCCGCCUCCUGUUCAUUCAUCACUGGGCCCAACACCAGUCACUCCUGAGACUGCACAACACCGUCCAUAUGCAACACCUCUCUAUUGCAACGCUUUCCACGGAUUAUACAUGCCAAUGUUGAUGCGUAAUCGUCGAGGAGUAUAAUUCUGAGUGAUCAAUUCUUGCGUAUAUUGAGUUUCAUACUUACGCUCGUGGUGAAUUUGUGUUUCAACGGGGAUAAAGAAUUUUGUGUGAAAAGUUGUGUGUUUGUGGAUACAAAUAUCCUGAGAAUAAAAGCUGAGGCACGCUAGGGAUUGAGUUGCAAUUCCUUCUUGUAUAUGUGUGGAAAAAAAUAAAACGAGGAACACAGUCGGGGGACGACAAAUAAAACUGAAAUCCCCAGUCCCUAGUUCACGUGUCUGGGGAAAAAUCUUACACUCGAGAUAAAUCCCCAGCGUGCAGCCUCUAGCACAGUCCUCAGCUGUGUUGGAAUCCAACGCCUGUGUUAUCCAUCCAUCUAUCAACUCAUCCACUCAUCAGUCCAGUCAACUGUCGCUGGACGCAAUCCUGAAUGUGCUGGGAAUUUCUUAGGGAUUAUGGUUAUCCCUAGAGUGCGUUGGGGGAUUCCUGGGAUGUUCGUCCACUCCCUCUGCUGACAACAUACAGGAAAAUGAGGAGCAUGGAGGAGGAAGUGGAUGUGGGCGGUCCACGUGAAGACUUCCUCAGCGAGGACGACCACUCCCCUACCGACGCCUCCGAGGACUCCGUCGAGGUACGCGUCAAACCUAUCCGCGCCCCCACCCACCCGCCCACGCCGCCCACACACCACAAGUUCCGCAAGCAUUACACCGCCCGCGCCUCCCCUGGGAUUGCCAGCCCCGUGGAGCCGCUGGUGGGGUCGGCGCCGCUGUCGCCGGAGACGCGGGCCGCAAACCGGAGCCGCCGGAAGCCAGCGGAGCCUCGAAGACUCUGCCAUGAGCCGAUCAAUAAGCGUCCACAUAGUCCGGAUCCUCCCAGGACAACAAAGACUCUGAGAGGGGAGAACCAGACCGAUGUGGGGGACAAGAGUGCUCCUUCGACCCCCUCUCCAGGGGCGCCGCCCCUUUUGGCCCACCAUCCUCUCUUAGGACCCAUAGGAAGACCACCCUCCAUGGGUGGUUUUCCGCCCCUCCUGCUGCCACCAGCCUGGCCGCCCGUAGCAGCGCAGUGGGGAUACCCUCGUGUGGUGGCGCCCCUGGGGUGGGCAGGUCUGACCCCUGGUCUCAGCCCACACCCGUACCCCAUGUUGAUGCCCCAUCAUUACCCUCUCCACCGCCCCUCGCUACACCAGCAUAUCCAACCAGCCUCGCCCCCGCCCACGUCCCCCGCACCCGCUUGUUCGCCCACGGAGGAGCGGCCAACGAGGGACGACCUGCCGCUGCCGCUGGUGACGCGGGUGGUGCCGCCGCCGGAGGUGACAGCCAUCAGUGGUGGAAGCAGCCACCAACACCACCACCACCCGAGCCGCAGCAGCACCGAAGUCAGCGUUGUCCGCAAGGCGGGCAAGACCUCGUCCAAGUUCCUUAGCGUCGAAUCUCUGAUCGCGUCGAGCAGCCCGUCCCGUGAAACUCACCACGAUUUGGAAGACGACGUGCCGCCCAGCGUGCAAGGUGACCCGGGUCCCACCGACGACGAAGAUACCAUUCACUCCCUGUUGCAGCCCAACAAACACAAACAACGAAACUACAAGAACAUGACUCGGGAGCGCCGCAUCGAAGCCAACGCCAGAGAAAGAAAUCGCGUCCACACCAUCAGCGCCGCUUUCGAGAAGCUCCGGACUUCGGUUCCCGCCUACAGUCACAACCAGAAGCUCUCGAAGUUGUCUGUGUUAAGAAUAGCGUGCUCGUAUAUCCUCUCGCUGUCACGGCUGGCUGGCUACGACUACAGCGAGGGGGGCACCGAGCCUUCCUUCAGUGAGUGUGUUGAUCUCACCACCAGAACGAUACAGGUGGAGGGAAAAGCUAAGAAGAAGAGAGACGAGUGAGGAGAACGGGCCAGGACUCGCUUACCUGUGAUGCUCAGCUUCCGUUACAGUGAUCUUCCUCCAAGUACAGUGAACCUUGAAAUCUAGUGUUCCUACUUCCCCCACCCACCCAUACCACAUCGUAGAGUCCUAAACUGUUCAGUGUAUCCCCAGUGAGCGCCCCGGUUGAGCGCCCCGAGUGCUUCCACAUCACAAACACCUGUGACAGUGUUCAACGUCUUAGUCCCACCGUGUGCCGACUCGCAUAUUUAUUUAAGUGCUACUAUAAACUAAGAAAAGACCUGGUCUGUGACAUAGUUAGGUAGGAUUCCAAAAGACAAUUGAUAUUUUUAACUUUUUAUUCUAGUCGAAGAGGGAAAGGCGAAGCCUUCCACGCCGCCCCUGCCACACUGAACGUGUGUUGCUGCUGCAGCUCCUUAUGCCAUCGUCUUGUGUUGUUGCCGCGGCUCUUCACGCCACCGUCUUGUGCUGCUGUUGAGAAAAACUACCCAGAAACACAACAAAACCGUCCACUGGCUGUCCGCGUCCUCAGAACUUCAUGUCCUUGUACGUUCCAGGUUGACGGACAGCACUCGUGGCUGUCAUCCAUCCCUGUCACUGUUCAUUACCUGUCAUCGUCAUCCGUGUGUCACCGCUACGUGACUGCUUCCUCAACAUUCACCAGUGUCCGCUUCUCAGCUAUUACGAUGCCGUCUACGAGAUACACAAAAAAAUCUUUUGCAAUACAAAAUUUCUCUCCUACUUCAUUAUUUUCGUAAUCGUAUUUUGUCUCAGCUCUGAUAUGACUCAUUUUUGACACUAUUUUAUUUGCCCUGAGGACCAGUACCUCCUCUAUCCCCACAUUUGUUAACCUAAAUACCUAUGACUGAAUCCUAUUUCUUCAUCAUAAGCAUUAGUCGUGUUUAGGAGUUUCUUCUUAACAUUAAACAAUAACUAAUUAUAUCUUGAUCAGUGUUUAGCAUCAAUACGGCUGUGCUCACAUGUAAUAAGGUGCUGUUUAUAGUACACAUUGAUGUGAAUUGCUUCAGUAUAACCAGAGCGAGCCAAGCCUUGUAGGGCCAUUGAUAUAAAUGCUUGUUCUAGGUUAUAUAGACGCAUAAAUAAUUUAGAUUUUGGUCUAUUGAAAUGAGCGAAACGACAACUCUUGUCAUGUUUCCAUU